CAAUUAUUGCUGACACAUCUGAUGACUAUCCCGCCAAAACCCAUCAGGCGAUCACUUCGAUCAUCAUCACUCUCACCCCGAGGACCGAAGCAAUAUCUGAAAACCCUAAACAGUCACCACCCAGAGAAGAAGACAAUCCAAAAGCAAAUGGAUUUGGGUGGGGGUAAUAAUAGUGGUGGUGCUAAGCAAGAGCAAGAGCAAGAGCAAGAGCAAGAGCACCUCUUUUUAAGAAAAGGGUCAAAGGUCGAAGUGAGCAGCGACGAAGAAGGGUUCAGAGAUGCCUGGUAUGUCGCCACUAUCCUCAAUGUACCCACCAACUCCAACUCCAACUCCAACUCCAACUCCAACUCCAGGAAAAGGAAGAGGAGGAAUAGUAAGACGACAUCGACGACGACCAACAAUAACAACAACGACAAGAAGUACCUGGUUGAGUAUGAUACCUUGUUGGCAGACGACGAUGCCACGAAGCCCUUGAGGGAAUUCGUUGAUGUCUCCUUCAUGAGGCCUGUCGACGACCACCCCCCUCCACAUCCCCCUUCUUUCCAGUUGUACGACAUUGUCGAUGCCUCCUACAGAGAUGGCUGGUGGACUGGGAUUAUUACCCGAAUCAACCAUUCCCAUUCCGACUCCAAGUUUCUUGUCUUCUUUCAGAACCCUCCCGAUGAGAUCGAGUUCGCUCCUUCUCAGUUACGGCUCCAUCGUGAUUGGGUCGAUCGCAAAUGGGUUAUCCCUCAAAAGCAGCGAAUGAUGGGGCCAAUGUUUAGCGUGGGAACAGCCGUAGAAGUGUCUUUUGAUAAAGAAAAUUUUCGUGAUGUUUGGUUCCUUGCAAGUUUCCUUAGUCAAAUUGGGAACAAUGCUUUCUUGGUGGAGUACAAUAGCUCAGGUAUCAGUGAUGGGGCUGGGCUUUCUAAAGUAACUGUGGAUGCCCGCCACAUCCGACCCUCCCCUCCCCAUGUAGAGUAUAAAGAUUUUGUUUUGUUUGACAAGGUGGAUGCAUUCUGUGGUUUUGGAUGGUGGAGGGGAAAUAUUACCAGUUUUCUUAAAGAUAGGAGGUACGUUGUCCUUCUUAAUCAUACAAACGAGGAGAAGGAACUCAAUCACUCAGAGAUAAGGCCCCACAUGGAUUGGAUUGAUGGCAAAUGGGUUAUAGCUUCACAGGGAAUUGUUGAACAAAAAGGUGAGGUGAACCAUCAAAGAAGAAAGAGGGGAAGACCAAAAUUACUGGUUGAAAAACCUAUAGGUUUGGUAGAAGGUGAGGAGAAAAAUGGAGUUGAAACUACAUGCUAUCAAAUUGUUGCAAAAGAUUGUGAAACAAAUGAGACUGUGCAAUCGACAGAGUCAGGGAUCCAUUUUCGAGGGAUGAUGCCCAUCAAAGAUGAUUUUCCUUUACGGUUUUUAAUUAAGAAAAAUCUGAAGCUCAUUGCAGAUGAUAAGAAACUUCUGAGUGGUCCACGAAGGCACAAUCAUAUAUCAAGCAACAUAAUGAAUUUGCCCCUGGCAAAGAUUGAUAACCAGCCAAAUGAAACAAUUGCACAAAAGCCAGAUUGUAUAUCCAAAGAUGUUGUAGUUGUUGAUGAAAUUCCUAGCCACAUAUUUGAUGAUCAACCUCUAAUGAUGUGGUUUGAAGGAAUGGACUCACCAUCAACUGUGAAUGACUCAAGCGUUGAGGCAAGUGGUAGACAAGAUGCAAAAGCAAUGCAAUCUCCUGCAAUUGCUUCCACUUGCAUUAAUGUGUCAGGAAAGAAUAGAGACUGGCCUUUUGUAAAGCGCUCUUCAAUCUGGGAAAACCUUGAAUGUAUGGAAAUAUUUAAAAAAAUGCCACAGCAACCACACUUUCAGCCUUUGGGUAAGUCCAAGGAGGAUAUUCGUGAAGGUUUAGCUAUUGCUAAUAUGGUGACCUUUGCGAAUGUAGUGCUGUGGACAUCAAAGUUGCAAUUUAGUGAUCCUAGAAGCGUAAUUGAUAGCCAUUUGGAAACUCUUUCUGACUUGGAAGCUCAUGGGUUUAAUGUUGACCCAAUAAGAGGCCGUCUAAAUGAGUUGCUAUCGAAGAAAGUUAGGCAAAGUAAGCUACUGGAGGAAUCCAAAGGAGUUGAGAUGAAGAUAAAUGAGCAGGGUCUUGAGAAAAACAAAAUUGAUGAAGAGAUUCAUGAGAUUGAUAAAAAGAUGGAGGAGUUGCAAGAAAAGCUUGCUUUAGCUACAUCAAUGACGAAGAUGAAGGAUAAUGAGAUUGGUGCUUUGCGAUCAAAAAAGGAGGUUAUUGAUCGAGAUAUUCUGAAAGCACAGCUUGAUUUCGAAGGACUAGCUGCAGCCCCUCUGUAAGUAGCAUGUUUGUUGUACUUUUGUUCUCUUUUGGUUGCACUGCUUUUGGAUUCAAUAGAUGAGACUGACCAAUGUAGAUAAGUCCUCGCUUAUGUUGAUGUAAUUACGUUUUUGAACACUGUUAAGUAGAGUCAAUGGCCUGUUCCAAUGGUCAGGGCAACCUUUGUAGGCCGUGGCUCGUUGGGUCUAGGGUUCAAUCCGUGCCACGAACCACUAUACUAUAGUGGCUUAUUAACAGCUCUGCUUGUAUAUGCACUACAUCUAAUGGUAAAUUAUGAUACUGUGUUGAAAAUUAUCA